CCAUCUUGGAUCAGCGCCGCUCCACACCGAGCAGCGGCAGAGGACGGACGACGUCAACGGUGGAGCCAGUUAGCUGGCGUUAACUGCUCGGCCAGAUUAACCACAAUCUGUUUCGUUGUGCCGCCCGACUAUGCUUAACAUACGUUAUUCUUUUCUUAAAAUGCCGUCUUGAAUACAUAAAAAAUGGGUAUGAGUCGUGCAAAGCGUUUAACGUUAUAAUUCCGGAGAGGGCGGCGGCGGCGGUGGUGGUGUUGGGGCAGAUCUUCGUUAUAUUUUUUAAAAAUUUCUGGAUAGAGGAGUUACUAUGAAUGGAGGAUAAAUGUUGCCAAAGGCUGACAGCAGCAGUUUCGUCCUCUUCUCUCUUCUCUUCGUCCUCACGUUAACGGACCCACCACGGACAGGUCCGCGGCUAGCUCUGGCAAGAUUAUUGUCAGAGCAGCGCUGCAGCCCUGGGCAGUUUGCCUGCCGCAGUGGGAAGAUGCAGUGUAUCCCAAUGUCCUGGCAGUGUGACGGCUGGACAGCAUGUGAGGACAAGAGUGACGAGAUGGACUGUCCCCCUAUAAAAGAGGAGAGGUUUCGUUUUGGCAAUGGAUAUGACCAGGUAGAAGACGUCAUUGGUGUGGCUCAGCCUGUGCGCUUCAACAAGAAGUGCCCCAGCGGGUGGCACCACUACGAGAAGACGGCCAGCUGUUACAAAGUGUACCUGAGGAACGAGAACUACUGGCAGGCUGUGGAUACUUGUCAGAAAGUCAACGGCUCAUUGGCUACGUUUGUGACCAACGAGGAGCUGCAGUUCAUACUGAAGAUCGAGGUGGACUUCGACGAUAAAGUCUGUGAGCGCAGAGACCAGUGCAAGUUUUGGGUGGGCUACCAGUAUGUGAUCACCAAUCAGAACCACUCUCUGGAGGGCCGCUGGGAGGUAGCAUACAAAGGGUCAAUGCAGGUGUUUCUACCACCUGAGGGUCUGACCAAUUUUGGAGAGGCAUCCUCCACCCAGGACAACGUCUUCUGUGCCCAGCUGCAGCGCUUUCAGAUCAAAAGCAUGAACGAACGGGGCCUGCACAGUUGGCACGCUGAGAACUGCUACAAGAAGUUCCCCUUCCUCUGCAAGAGGAGGCAAACUUGUGUGGAUAUAAAAGACAAUGUUGUAAACGAGGGCUACUACUUCACCCCUAAGGGGGACGACCCGUGUCUGAGCUGCACGUGUCAUGACGGCGAGCCCGAGAUGUGUGUGGCCGCGCUGUGCGAGCGGCCGCAGGGCUGCCAGCACUUCCGCAAGGAUCCAAAAGAGUGCUGCAAGUUCACCUGUCUGGACCCAGAUGGAAACAGUCUGUUUGACUCGAUGGCCAGUGGGAUGAGACUGAUCGUCAGCUGUAUCUCAUCCUUUCUCAUCCUCUCCCUGCUGCUCUUCAUGGUGCACAGACUCCGUCAGCGGAGACGUGAACGCAUUGAAACGCUGAUCGGAGGAAACUUGCACCACUUUAACCUCGGUCGGCGAGUCCCAGGCUUUGACUACGGCCCGGAUGCCUUUGGCACCGGCCUCACUCCUCUGCAUCUGUCUGACGACGGAGAGGGAGGUGCUUUUCAUUUCCAAGAGCCGCCUCCGCCGUACGCAGCCUACAAAUACCCAGACAUCCAGCACCCUGAUGACCCCCCUCCUCCGUAUGAGGCCUCCAUCAACCCAGACAGCCUCCUUUAUGUGGACCUCGGACACAGCGGGGUUUCCAUGGUUCCGAGCCAGAUAAACGCCAUGGGAGACGGGCUCCAGGCCGAUAUUCCCAACCCUUCUGGUCCCGUGCCAGGCUCGGCGCCAUCCUGUCAGGAGAGGGAGGACUCCAUAGAUAGCAGCACCCUCCUUGUGGGGCCCGACACUCCGACAGAUGGCCAUGCCCCCGCUCCGAUGCCUGCAGACUGCACCUCCCUCAGCACCGUGGUAUAGGACUGUAGACGGACGGCGGGGAGCUGCAUCCGGACAUUACCUGCUGGAGGAGGAAAGUCGUUCGUGCGUCCUGCACGGGGAGAGGACAAAGCACACUGUUGUGUCGUGAAUCUAAAUGCUGACGGCAGAGAGGAGAGUUAAAGUUUGUAGAGAUGUAUCAGAAGGUGGAGCAACCUGUUUCCUUUGAGGUGUUACAGUGAUGGAUGGAUGCCCUCUAUCUGAAGACUGUGCAGUUGGACUUCUGAGUGCUUUUUUUUUUUUUUUUAAGACACUAGCAUCUGAGGGAGCAGAGGGUACUGUUUCUGUACAGAGAAGAAAAACACUACAUUCGGGCUGAGAAAGCUGCACUUUUACUUUUAGCGUUGACUGAACAAAGCUUUUGAAACAUCUCAGAGUUGACCUGAUUGGUCGAGAGGCCCUGAUGUAAAUACCCCCUCAGGUCUGUGCCAGAGAAAUUUGUAAUACUUGUGACAGACGGACAAUGAAGCCAGCUUUUGUUCCUUGUGCGUUUUUGUUUGCAUCAUGCUGUCAUUUAACUGGACGUAUCUGUAUUGAUCUGUCGGUUUCCAGGCUACUAAUAAUGUUCUCAUCAGCCCUGUCUGUCGCCGCAGUUCCCAGAUCUCGAUUUCUACUUGUUCAUGGAAACCUUCUGUCCCUUCUCUUUCUUAUUAUACUGAUACAUGAAGCUGUCUUCCACAUUUAUAUUGCGUAUUUGCAGGGAAGAUGUUUUGUAGUCAAGAGAUUUAACCUUGCAAGAAGGUAGGGUUAGUUUCCUACGAUAAGGUUUAUAUUAGGUAUUGCUGACACAAGGCAUUAUGUAUCAACGAAUGUUGUGGUACUGAGAAACACUGAGUUUGGUAUUGUGUACUCUUUGAUGAUAAUUUAUGAAGCAGGCUGUAAUCUUGAUUGUUUUAUUGUGGGAUAGAUGCAGGAGCUUUUCGAGUGUACGCGUGAAGAUUAGGGACGAUAUCCCCUCAUUAAAUUUGAAAAAAUACAUUUAUUUAAAAUAGCUGCUCCAAUAGUGAAGUCAUUUAAUAAUGCAGAUGGUCCCACUGUUGUUACUUUAUUACCAGCUCUUCACAGGGUAGUUGUGUAUUUGCUAACUGAACCAUGUUUAGUGACUAAAAGCUCAAUGUUUUUGCACGCUCAUCCCUCGAUUAAAUCAAGUUGUUUUGGGGGGUUGGUUGGUUCUUUUUUUGUCAGUUGUAACGUUUGGAUGCUGCCACUCCAUCGCUCACGUGUUUCUAUGUGUGAUUCGUCACGCAGUACAUCCGUUGUCUCAGUUCCUGAGGUUGUUUUCAGCUACUGAUGAAGAUGAUGUUUUGGUGUUGAUAGGUCUGCUAUUGUUCUUCUUUCCCAGUGGGAUCGCAGUUAAAAAAAACCAAAUUUUAAUAAACGAAAAGUGUAAACUGUACAUUUGGAACGAGUUAGACCCCUGUUAUGAUGACAAUCGUUUGAUUCACGGAAGGAUGAAUUUUAAAAGCCUGAGGAAGUCAGUCAUCAACGACCCACAACCACCAGCAUUCAACCUGCUUUUGAUCUGCCUUGAGAAAAACAGCUGUAAAUGUUUGUCUGAAUGACUGUGCACGUAUCUCAUGCUUGAAUGUACUGUAUG